UAUACCAUUUCCUUAUCUUCUUCCAAGCUGGUUCCUUCAUGCUUAUUGAACCUUUAUUGUUCUGUAUUUAAAGGGCAUCUGGGAUUUUGGCACAUAGACUGACUAUACAGGAGCGAAAAUGAUUGAGAAAACCGAGUUGAAGAAGGAUGAAAGUCAGGACAGAAGCUUAAUAGGUUUGCUAUCUUGGUCUAUCAAGGGUGUUCUCAAUGUGCUCUUUAAUAAUAACAGCGAACAAGAAACUAAAAUUAUGGAGUCAAUGGUGGAGAAGACUGAAACUAAAAUUAUGGAGUCAAUGGUGGAGAAGACUGAGGUGAAGAAGGAAGAAAUUCCGGGUAGAAGCUUAGUAGAUUUGGUAUUCUCUUGGUCUCUCAAGGAUGUUCUCAAUGAAGAUCUUCACAAACACCAGGUGAGAAAGAUCCCAGAGACAUUCUCCUCAGCCACAGAGUACUUGACCUCAUUCUGUGAUGCACUUGUUGAAGAAACUCAUGCUGACUUGUUGUCAAGCGUGUCAACAGUAGCCCAAGCACCUACGCGUGCAAUAUUUUCUGUUACGCAAUCUGUUAAAUGUAAACCACCCAAAGACCUCCUUUACCAUGUUACACUUGAAAGUGUGAAAAGAAUUGAGAAUCAUGGUGUGAGAUAUGAACCUGAAGUUAGAGACAUCAUUGCCAUAACAGAUGUAAGACCAAAAUGCAUUGAUGAUUUAGAAAGACAAAACAGGUCCUAUGUUGUUGCUUUUGUUCUGAGUGUGAGAUACGAAAGUUCUCUGACAAUAUUGUCCUCAAAGCCUAUCUUGUUUGAACAUGACAAGAACAAGAAGAGACAGAAUCUUUAUGCAGUUCCCUUGGUAAACAUGACCACAAAUAUUCGUAUAUGGAGGGCCUUGAACUCUAAGUUGGAAGGUGGGAACUUAAACAUCAUUCAGAAUGUGCUGCAAUCUAGUUCUAUGGAUGCUACAAAUUGUACUACCUUCCUUAUUGAAGAAAAUUGCAAUGCUGCCUUCGCAGCUAUUAGUUCCAAAAUCUGCUCUUCUGAUUUAAAUGACUCCCAAAAAGAUGCAGUUCUUAGCUGCUUGGUAACUAGGGAAAGCAAUCAUCAGAAUACUGUCAAAUUAAUAUGGGGCCCUCCGGGAACUGGGAAAACCAAGACAGUUGGUGUGCUCUUAUUCUCUCUGCUUAGAAUGAAAUGCAAAACACUUACAUGUGCCCCAACUAAUACUGCUGUUUUGGAAGUGACACAGAGACUUCUAAAGAAUGUGACUGAGUCACUUGAAUAUGAUACUUAUGGGCUUGGAGAUGUGGUUUUAUUUGGAAAUGGAAAGCGAAUGAAGAUUCUGGAUCGCCAUAACCUCCUUGAUAUAUUCCUUGAUGAUCGAGUUAGCAUACUACAUGAAUGCCUUGUUUCAUCAUCUGGUUGGAAAGGUAGUUUAAUAUCAAUGAUAUGUUUGCUGGAGGACCCUCGACGGCAAUACAAUUUGUACUUGAAUGACAGAAGCAUGAUAGACAAUGAGGAGGAGAAAAUUGACGACAAGAAGAGCAAGAAAAAUGUGAGGAAUGUUAUUGUUAAAGCCUCAAAUGAAAACAAAUACAAGAAAAAUGAAGGACAGGUGGUUGACAAAUGUGAUAGUCAUUUAUCGUUUGAGGAAUUUGUUCAAAGAAGAUUCAAUUGCAUUUUACAGCGUUUGAAGUAUUGUAAUGUAAAUUUGUGUACACACUUGCCAACUUCUUUUAUUUCAUUAGAAGUGGUAAAGAAGAUGAAGUUAUCCCUUGAUUUGCUCACAUCUCUAGAAAAAUUGUUGAGUAAUGUUACUGUUGCUGACAAAGAAUUAGAGCAAGUCUCUGAAGAAAAUGAUCAAAGAUUUGGUCACUUGAUGAAAUAUGGUUUUGUGAGAGGAGAUUGCCUUCGGAUACUUAGAACAAUUCCAAAAAAAUUCCCUGUUCCAGAUUUUAGAUAUGAGUGGGAGAUUAAAAAAUUUUGCCUAGAAAAUUCAUGUCUAUAUUUCUGCACUGUAUCAAGCUCUGCUAAAUUACAUGAAGUAAAGACUCAAUGGGAAGUACUGGUUAUAGAUGAAGCUGCUCAGCUUAAGGAAUGUGAAUCCACCAUUCCUUUACAACUUCCUGGCCUCCGCCUCGCUAUUCUCAUUGGGGAUGAGCGGCAACUUCCUGCGAUGGUUAAAAGCAAGGUUUCUGAGGAAGCUGGAUUUGGAAGAAGUUUGUUCCAAAGGCUAGUAUUGCUAGGAAAAAAUAAAAACCUUCUUAAUGUCCAGCAUAGGAUGCAUCCAUCCAUAAGCUUAUUUCCAAAUAGGGUGUUCUAUGAAAAUCAGAUUUUGGAUGGCCCCAAUGUCAAAGAAAGAAGGUAUGAGAGGCGAUUCCUUCAGGGAAAUAUGUUUGGCUCCUACUCUUUCAUUAAUAUUGCACAUGGAAAAGAGGAAUUUGAUUACAGCCAUAGUCUCAAAAAUAUGGUUGAGGUUGCUGUAGCAUCUGAGAUUGUUGCAAGCCUUUUCAAAGAAUUUGUUCGCACAAAGAGGAAAGUUAAGGUUGGUAUCAUCUCACCAUACAAGGCACAAGUCUAUGCAAUUGGAGAGAAGGUGAAACACUACAGUGCUGAUUCUAAUGAUGACUUCUCAAUUAGUGUUCGCUCUGUUGAUGGUUUCCAAGGUGGUGAGGAGGAUGUGAUAAUUAUCUCAACUGUCAGAUGUAAUAUGAAUGGAGUUGUUGGUUUUCUUGAAAAUCAUCAAAGAGCAAAUGUGGCACUAACCCGUGCAAGGCAUUGCCUUUGGAUAUUGGGAAAUGAAGCAACUUUAACUAAAAGUUGCACUAUUUGGAAGGAAUUAGUCAUUGAUGCCAAGAAACGGGGGCGUUUCUACAAUGCUGAUGUAGACAAUGUUGAAGUAGGGCCCAUAAAGCCUGUUGAGCUCAUGUGGUACAGACGGUUGAGCUGUGUACAUGGCUAG